UUGCAGUUGGAUGAGCGAGAUCACGGGAUCAUUAGAUCACGCGAUAUCUGGCGCAUGUUUUUUUUUUGUGACAUAUUUCAAACGGAAUCCACUGAUCUGCCUCUUUUUCCUCACCGGACAGGUUAACGUCACUUCUUGGAACACCUUGUCUCCAUGAUGGAUCCCCAAACCCAUCUGAAAACCAUACUGAAGAACAAAUAUCAGAAACUGAAUGACGCAUACUCUGAAAAGUCAUUACUUCCUUCAAGACUGUGCUACCGGCUGCUCAAGCAGGACUACCCAUUAAAUAAUUUGCAGCAGCAUGAGUUUAGAUAUGUUGACAAGUCAGAUCUUCAUUCUUGGCUUUAUUUUUCAACUGACUCACUCUCAAGUAUAUUGUCAUGUAACUGCAAACAUGAGAGAUGGAAAAGAACAGUCAUCACUUUAGGAGUGGGUGGAGUCGGAAAAACCACAACAGUGCAGAGUUGUGCUCUAGAGUGGGCCGAGGACAAAGGGUACCACAACAUCCGCCUCCUCUUUCCUCUUACAUUCUGGGAGUUAAAUUUGCUCAAAGGUAAAAAGAACCUAAUUGAAAUUCUCCAGACAUUUUACCCUGAAUUGAAAGAGCUUGACAGUUCUGGUUUAAAUGAAAAAGACGUGUGGUUUGUCCUUGAUGGACUGGAUGAGUAUCAUCUCCCUCUCAACUUCAGUUGUCCAACAGUGAGUGAUGUUUCGCAGGUCUCCACAGUGGAUGUUCUACUGGCCAAUCUGAUCAAAGGGAAUUUAUUUCCCAGGGCUCAUGUAUGGAUAACAACCCGAUAUGCAGCGGCAACCCAAAUUCCUGGUUGCUUUUUGCUUAAAGAGACCGAGAUUCAAGGGUUCAGCAACGAACAGAUGGAGCAGCACUUCAAGACAGUCAUCGGUAAUGAUGAUCUAGCAUACAAAGCCAUCAACCACGUGAAAAUAUCAAGGAGUCUGGACUUCCUCUGUUCGAUUCCUCCAAUCUGCACCAUCAUGGCAAAUGUUUUGAAGAAUCAUGUGAAAGCGGAUGAUGGAUUCAAAAUUAACCCUUUAAAUCUGACCCAGAUUUACGCACAUCUGAUCAAAGCAUCAAAUCCAGGCAUUAUUGCCAAGCUUAAAAAUUUGGCACUGCUUCGGAUGAAAGCUGGUAAUGUCAUGUAUGAGCGCGAUCUUCAAGAGGGGGACAUAAGUGUGAAGAAAGCAUCUGCAUUUUCCAAAGAGUGUCCACUUGUGUUGAGAGAAGAAAAGGGGCUGCAUAACACCACAGUGUUUCGCUUCGGUCACUCAAGCAUUCAAGAGUUCUUGGCAGCAUCUGCUAAACUGGACGACAUUGAAGGGAAUUCUGCACAGUCUCUUUGUUGUAAGGACCUGGUGGACCAGAUGCGGCAGGAUCCAUGGGGAAACUCUGACGUCUUUCUUCGCUUCAUCUUUGGCCUCAUUAAGGAACGCGAUAUGUUGGCACCCACUGAUCCACUUUUUGCAUACACCAAGAAGAUGAUCCUGGACAACAUUUUGGAGUAUACCGCUGUAGUUCUUUUCCACUGUCUGAGGGAGUACGACAGCCAGGCUUUGCUGAAUGAAGUCAAGUUCUUUCAGAAGUUUGGCAUUUGUCCAAUCCCUGAAUCCACACCAAUGCAAUGGCACUUCGUGAUACAGAGGACCACAAAUUUUGAAGGGAUGAGAAAUAGUUUUGAGAUGGAAGUGUCCAAGAGAUGUGAUGAAAGACUCCUCAGGGAGUUACCAAAUAUUUUGAAAUCCAAGAAAGCCAUGCUGCGAUUCUCUAACCUGACAGAUAAGUGUUGUCCAGCCUUAGCAACAAUCCUGAGCACAAGAGAGUCUUACCUGAGAGAGCUGAACCUGGGGUACAACAACAUCAGUGAUGAUGGAGUCAGGAAACUUGUGGAGGGGCUGUGCAAUCCAAACUGCAGGCUGAAAAUGCUCAGGUUGGAUGGCUGUGAAGUGACCUCUUGUGCCUGUGUAUACCUGGCCACGGCCCUGACACAGUCCCGGAAGCUGCAAAUGCUGGAUCUCAGCAGGAACAAAAUAGGAAAUGAGGGACUGCAGCUUCUUGCUCAGGGUUUGAGAUCUCCUGAAUGCCAGCUACAAAUACUUAAACUAUCACAGUGCAACAUUGAGGAAAAGGGCUGCUAUUAUCUGGCAUCUGCUCUGAAGGAGAACUCUGGCCACCUCAAAGUGUUGGAUCUGAGCAUCAACAUGGUCGGAGACAAAGGCGCCAUUGAGCUCUUUAAAAGAUUCAAUACAUUGCAACUGACAAAGCUGGAGAUGUACGACUGCGGCCUCACUGCUUUGAGCUGUGCAAGUAUCGGGGAAGCUCUGAAGUUUGAAACCAGCACCCUCAUAGAGCUCAACUUGAGCAACAAUGAUUUGAAAGAUGCAGGGUUUAGUCUCAUCUGCAAAGCAAUGUGCACAUGGUGUAGUCUGGAAACACUCAACGUUUCAAGAUGUGGAAUCACUGAUGUGAGCUGCAGACAUUUGUCUGAGGUCUUGACUUCGUUCUCCCAGCGCUGGAUGAGAGCAGCCAAAUGGCAGGCAAUGGAGCUGAAAGACCUUGACCUCAGCAUGAACUGCCUUGGAGACAAAGGGGUCAAUGAAAUUUCAGCUGGACUGAAGAAUCCGUGCAUUUAUCUGCGAACUCUCAACCUGAGUGACUGCAGCCUAAGUGAUGACUGUUGUGCAGAGCUUGCAUCAGUGUUGGCCUCAACGGAAAGCAGUAUCAGUGAGCUGAACCUGUCGGAUAAUCCCCUCCUUAAAGAUAAGGGAGUGAAGAAACUCUGUGUGGGACUCAGACGCCCUCAAUGUAAUCUGGAGAAGUUAUUACUGAGGAACUGUGGCCUGACCUCAAGGAGUAUUCAGUUGCUGAUCUUGGCGCUGAAGUCAAACCAUCAACAUCUUUCAGAGCUGCAUCUGAUGGGCAACAUUCUGGAAGACUCGGUAGUCAGUGAGCUCGUAGAUCUAACGAAGAACAAGAAAUACGCCUUACAUACAUUGGACAUCUCAACAGACUCAACUGCAUCUGAAGUCUCUUUCCCUUUACCGCCCUAUUUCUCAACAGAUUGAGCAGACGGACAGCGAGCGAGGCUGCAAACUGCCCCUCGUUUCUUAUGCCACACUCUUCUUUGUUUUUCAUGGUAUAUUGUAGUUACAAAAAAAGUGCUUUUCAGACUUUUGUUUCAUUCCCUUGACAAUAUAAAGAUCACUAGAAAAUGUGUGGAGACACUCAAACCAUGAAUAUUUUCGGGAUUUUUUUUUUUUUUACUACUUUCUAUGAGUUAUUUAUUUUAUUCAGUGCCUUACUUCUGAUCUAUGCUGCGUGAAUUUUCUGAGGCUGCAGUACACAGCACUUGUAUGUAAGAUAAUCUUGAAAAGAGAAGAAAGUGAUAAUCGUAGGAAGUAAUGUUUCUACUAAAUCUAAAAUAUGUAAUGCCCAUGACUGUAACCUUAUUAUGUACCAAAGAAUCUAAAGCGGGAAUCUGAAAACGAUGUAAUCUCUGUGACCACAAAAAUAAACUUUUGUUUCUUAAUUCCA